CGUACACUCAGCGCUCUACAUAAAGCCGCGAAUUUGGAGCACGAAUCUUCCAAAUACCGCAUCCGACGCGUGAAAGCAAUGGCGCUGGUACCUAACGGUUUGCUCUACUUUAUCCUAAUGACGAGUUGGAUCAGCAGAUCGCUUAUGUCGCCUGUGGCGAAACAACAUACAGCAGCUUUUGAUGAAAUAGCCAGAGUCAAUCAGAAUUAUGGUAAGGAUUUUCCACUCUCAUUUUCUCGUUAUAGCAGAUGUUUGUUUUAUUACGAGAAAGAUCUUGAAAGUAUGCGAAUGAUCUAGUGUAUGUAGACUAGUGUUAAGGCCAACAACAGUUUAUUUGUUUCCCAUCGGUUGGUUGUUUGAAUCAUUCGGUUUGCGCAAGCUAAGUGAUCUUUGAGCCCUUAUCGGUUUCAGUGAGUUCCCUGAGUGCAAUUGCUUCUUCCCUUCCAAGAAGAAACACAGUGCACUCUGCUCUGACAUAAUCUUUUCGUAAUCGAUUUUAAGAGUUACACAAUAAAACCAACAUUUCGCUAGCAUUUCAACAGUUUCAUCGCUAAGAAAUCAAACCCACCAUCCAUGUAUUCACAAACGUAUCAUGGAGAUUAAUAUUGGUGUCAUAGUUUAAACCUUUAAUCAAAUUGCUUUAUUCCUUAGUAAGAUUUAUUUUACUUUCGCUCAAUUCAGAAAAUUGUUCCUCUAAAUAGAUAACUCAAAUGGUUUGUCCGACGAGGGUAUUUUUUAAGAGGAAGCCGUAACCAUUUCAGUGGCCAUGUCUUUAUAAAUUUCUAGAGAUAAAACUCGGCAAAGAAGGCAUCGAUGCGGAUAAAAGUAGUCUGUUUAUUUCUCAGAUUUCAAUGCGUAAGAUUCAUGACACUAAUUGCAGCAAAACAACAGCAAGGGCAGUACAUAUCUCAGCUUUCGCAAUGCUUUUCACAAGAGAGAACCGCAAACAGUGGUCCCGCGUAGAUUAUUUGUGUUCUUAAGCCGGGAAUUUCGCCUUCAAUACGAAUAAUCAGGUUUUGACGAGUCUGAUAAUGUUUCAGUGAACACUUAGUAAAUAUCUGUGUUCGGUUUCUGAGGAGAUUGAAACCUUCAACACGGCAGAAUUCUUGACUGUGUUUGUACUAGGUUAUAUUACACCAAAUAUGCUAAACUUCGUAAGUGAUUACAGACAACAUACUGUGAGCAGACUCAAAAUCUCCAAAAACGAAUUAGGAACUUGAUCAGGGCAUAUGUUUAGAACCUGGUCGGUUCAUUUGAUCCAUCGGUCAGGAAAAAAAUUGUGUCAUUUUGUGUUGGUAUUUCACCGAAAAGCAUUCCACAGCGAAAAAAUAAUUGUCUGGGAGGGAGUUCUCUCUCGUACAUUUCAAGCUCCGUGACAGCCACGUCUCAGCUAUGAAACAAAUUUGUCUAACAUUGUGCUUGUCGCACAAAACACGAGGUGGCCAAGAGAUCAAAUAUAAGCUGGGAAGCAAAAGCUUUGGUAGCAAAUCCUCGUGGCUUUGAUUAAACCAGAGAUAGAGAGAAGGUCAUUAGGCCCGACUUUGACACUCAUUCGAAUCCAGUCCUUUUUGUCUUCACUCCCCGGUUGGUCCGCAGGCCUUCAAAUUGACUGGUUGUCUUAGAAAAUGAUUUUCCAAGUUUUCCUAUUUUUUAAGCUAUAUUCAUUUUCGACAAAUAUCGGGUGUUUAACUGACGUAUUUACCAGUGAUACUACAUACACAACUACUUAAUGACAGAAGCCGGCCUACCCCGUGACCUGCAACUUUGUCACAAUGAAACCGUCUCCAAUUCAUAAUCACUUGAUUGAAAAGCUCUUUUACGAUUUCGACGCCUCGUCGCGAACGGAUUACAUCAUACUUUCGAUUGUAUUUCUCACUACAGACAUCAAAAUUGAUUGAAUCUUGCCUGGUGUACUAAUUUUUAUAUAAAAGGUAUCCGUUGGAAAAAUAAAAGCGAGAAAACCAAGCACUCCAGCUGUGAUUCUGCCUCAGAUUGUUUGAUGAUAGAAGUAGCAUACUUUGUAGCUGAGUUUUCUUAAGAUAUCAGCCGCAUAGAUUCUAAGAUAACACAUAGCGAAUUUAAUUGAGACUCACACAUGUGGUGUAGACAGGCACGUCAUGACUGUUUCCGGUUCGUGAGGUAAUCUUGGUAAGCGGAUAAAACAUCGUGACACGCACAUGUGCACAUUGGGCAUUAACUGUUUAAAUAUUUAUUCUGGUGCUACAAGUGUGUUUUCUUAUCUUCCCUCUCUUUCUCUCUCCCUCUCAAUAGUCCUUUUUUCUUUAAAUCGAAAACUCAAUUCCAAUUGGCAUUCCAUUCACUCGAAGAGAGUGAGCGUAAAUGCAUUUACCGGUCGCAUUUCAAAGUUUCUUUUGAAGACUUUUUUUCUCAUAAAAGGCAUUGUCUGUGGCGGUAGAUUCUGCAAAUGAAUUUUCACAUUGUUUAUUGUUCGUUCGCGCUGACUGGUCAUAACAGGAAAAGGUAAAGAGUUCCAAGCCGGAACUAAACUUCCUUUAAAUCGGGUCCGAAAGUGGUUUUAAUGAUUUAACCGGCACGACUUCACGGAAGCUCUCAUAAACUCCAAUGCAACGAACAUUGUUUCCGUCACAAAAAUGGACUCUAUGUACAUGUACAUUUCUACUUAGCAUUUAACCCAGUCGGGAUGAUUCUCUCUUGCCUUAAGUAUUUUACUUAUUUUAACUGUUUAUUUCAGUUUUUUCUGAGGCAUGGUGGAUUUUCACACUCAACAACAUCAAAAACAAACUAACUCGAGAACUUUGUAAAUUAAGUAUUUCUUUGCUGCAGUUACUUCAAAAGGUUUAAGCUCAAAUUUUAAACCAAUGAUUUGAGCAAUACUACUGAAGCUGACUUAGGCAAUCUAACGAGGUCGUUUUCGUUUCUCUGCCGUCUUGUUUCUUCUUAGACUUUGAGCCCAGUCUUUUCUACGAAUAGCAUUACUCAGGUGUAUUAAUAAAUCAAAGGUGUCAUUAUGGCUAGGGAUUUAGUUAAAUCUUUUUUUAAAUACAUCAGGCGGAUAGCCAUCAUUGUCUAAGAUAGAGUGUCCACUUGAAAAAGACCCGCUUUUGAAUGAUUUCACUGUGGUAUUAAAAGAAGAAAAAGCGGUAGCAAUUAACUUGGUCUGUUUAACUCAUGCAAACGUCAGAACGCUCAGCAAGCACGUGCACCUCACACGUGCAAGAGCGGGGGUGCGUGGAAAAGGUGUUUUCUUGAAAAGAUUUGUGGAUUCAUUUCUUAGGAUUUCCAUUAAGUCGAUCACGCCUGUGGCUUUCUGUGUACUUUAAAGACACGUUUAUUUUUCAAGAUCACGUCAACCUCUUGACCCGGAGUUCAGUCGUCUGUCAGCGGCAGUCAAUUGGACAUAAAAUUGUAACACUUCGCAGGAACAUUUGACACUGGUGUGUUGCAAAGAUAAUUCUAAUGAUCGGACAAAUUGGAUUUUUAAGUAGCACGUCCACAAAACAGCUCCUUGUGCGAUGUCUUAAGGUUGGAAUUGGACGUGAGGGGAUUUGUGGGGAAGAACAAUCUGGAAAUUCGAACAAAAACGCCAAAACGCGACUGAUUUGAGACUGUUGAGAUGUAGAAACAUUAAGGAAUUUCAUACUGCUUUCAAGGUCACAUUUUGAUAGCUAAAACAAAUUUUAGUUGCAGGAGUUUUGAAUCUGGUCCAGAAAUGACUAGAACCUAACCCAUGACCUGAUAAGCUGAUAAGAGAAAAGAGAUUUUGUUUGUUGUUGUUGUAGAUUUGCGAUAACAGGAAAGUUUGGUAGCUGUUCCAGUUAAAAGAUAAUCAAAUAACUUUUAAUACAUAAGUAAAAUUUGACUAGUUAUCAUAAGAAAAGUGAGUUAUCAUAAGAGUAAAGUAGUUAUCAUAAGAAAACAGCCGUUCGUGAACAAAAACAAACCUGCUCUCAAUUUGUUUGUUGUAAAGUGACGUUUGAGUGAUCAGUGAUAUAUGUUUCAACGCGUCUUAUCAACACAAUAAUCCAAUCGAAUACUAUGGUUUAAAUUAAUUACCGAAAGUGAUGACCCUUUUGGCUGUUGUCCACAUCGUUUUAACACUGCUUUCUUCAACUCAGUGUCCGUUUUUCCGUUGGCUGCCUUUCUUUCUCUGUUCUGUUAUCUCCUCCAAAUCCGAUCAAUAAAUAUAAUAAAACGCGACAGCGAUAAGGGUAUGACAAAACAAAAUAUUAAUUGAGCAGAAAAAUUGUCCGAAGAUUCUCGAAGGCAUUUUGUCUACUUUUCUAUUUGGAAUCCAACGCCACUAUCCUCACUUGUUGUACCAAAGGAGAGUUCUGGCGGCAUUCGAAACGAUUAACAUCAUGAGCCACCCGCGACGUUUGCAGGAAAUGUUAGUUCAUUUUGUCAAUCGACGUUUAUUGAUGCUUCACCGUGUUAACUGCAAACAUUCCCUGGGUACCCUUUUGCUUGGACAUUUCAUUUCCUCGAAUGGUUAGUCGGCAAAAUAAAAAAAUGAUUUUAUUAACUCACUUUAUUAGCUUUUCUGUCUUUUCGGUUCAGCCACAAGCAGAACUUAAAGCUGAAGACAUCAAAACCCUCUGGGGUUUUGCUGCUUUUUGCCGCGUAGGUCUCACGUUUGCAGGUUUUCCCAACAAACCCGUAAGUAAUUUCUGCAAGAGAUCGUGACGCCAUCAUCGUGUCUAUGUUUUUCCGCGCUUGUCAAUAUAUAGUUCCGUUUAGAGCUCUUCUAUGAGACCAACAAGCAUGGUCGGUCUCUUUGUUCUCAGAGUUAAUUGCCUUAUCUUCGUUCCGUGUUAAACUCAAUUGGAUAAUGAGCUAGAGAUUUCUAUCCAGUGGCAAAGCCCAAAUCAGUCAUCACGCGUAAAAGUCGAAAGCGCAUAAUCUGUCGUUUAGGGCUGAUCUACGCGUCGUUCAAAACUAAGCAACAAAACAGAAUAAUGAAAUAGUGAAAGAUAUGUUUCGUCUUGUCACGAGCGUGGGACAAAGAAAAAGUUCUGAGUCCCCAUGAGGAAUCGAUUCCGCGCUCCGAUGUUCUACCACUGAGCUACAGAGACUCUACGGUGAACGUAUUAUAUUACGAAGUUCAUGACACCCGUCCUGCAUACUGUUAGGAUCAGCAAUGUCGAUAGCGUCAUGCAUGUAUGUUGGCUACUCACGAGCAGUGUAGUCGAUCAGACUAAAACAGCUGUGUGAGAAUUCUAGCAGAUUUAAAUUAACAACAGUUAAGAGGAACCAAAUCACUUCUUGACCAACAGCAGGAGAAAUAUUGUCUUUAAUUGACCGCGAAAAGCAAUUUCGAUUGGAUCUGUGUCCUCCGCUUAUAGAUUGGGAAAUAUUCCUCAUCCCCUGCACUUGAAAUGAGAGGAGCAACAAAUUACUCAUCACAGUCGAACCUGUAUUUAGCAGCACCGUAUUAAUCGGUCACCCUGUAUUAAGCGGUCACGGUCACCCUUUACUGAGUCCCAGCGACCUGUUUUUAUUCUCUUUUAUCUCCACUAAACGGUCAAAGUAGAACCACGCAAAUAGAACUAGGAAUAAUCUUUCAAGUAAUUUUUUAUCCAGGAUUCUUUCCAAAAUCAAAGUAACAUUUUUGAGCGAGAUUCUGCUCAUUAAGGAGGCUUCAUAGGGUUUUAAUUGGUUACCUUGAAAAUUUUUAUGUUUUCGCUUUUCUAGGUCACUAAAAGCCAUUAAAAGGGCGAUGAGCGAUGUUCGGGCUAUCAUUUGCUGUCGUAAAUAUUAUCAAUAUGAUUUUCGUUAUUAAGCUAAUUCUCCACGAAGGGAGGCGUUCGCCAGCGAUAAUUUGGCUUUCCCUUAAAGUUUCUUCAAUUUGCUCCAGUGAAAUCUCUCAAAAUGUUCGCAAUUUGUGGAAUUUGUCUUGCCAACCAUUUAAAAGCCGAAAGCAUAGGGGUUACAGAGGCAAUUUCCUCGCUAUUUGUAAUUUUUAUGUUUUCUCGCUCAUUCUCAAAUUUGGGUCUUAUGAAUAUUGUCUAUCUAAAGGCACUAGGAAGGGCACAAAUAUGUUUGAUGGUCCAGAAAAUCUUAGGAAAUUCCACCGAAGGAAACGCCAUAUAGCUUGCUCGAAAGAUUCCAAUUUUCUUUGUCACAAAACAUUACGUAAUGGUAUAGAACUUCGCCAAGAUCUCUAUCACAGCAUGCGUAAACUUUCGAAUCUGUCGCCUUUUGGCAAUCUUUCCCACGGUGUUUUCUCUUCAGUUGACCUCUUUUUCAGGCGUAGAAGGCCUAUGAAUAUUACGGGUGCGGUUGCUAGAAACCUUAGAUUCCACCACAUAAAAACUGUAUUAUGUUAAACUGUUUUUAAACACACCGCCAUCUUUGUUUUGCAUUUUUACACUUUAAAAGCUCGCGCUAUGCUCGCACCCAGAUUUCGCUCGGUCAGAAAACCCUAGGGUGACUCCUUGAGUGGUCAAUUGUGGCAUAAAGUGGUGUUGUUUAUCGUUUUCUAAAAUACGCCUAGUCUGUGGAACCCGUAUUAAGGAAUCACCCCGUUAUUCUCUGCUUGAUACAGGUUCGAUUGUAUCAAUAAAUCACAUUUAUCAUCAUUGGUGUUUUGCAGCUAAAUAUCAAGAAGGCAGCGAGUGGCAGGUGGAUAUGAAACUGCCAAGGAGAAAUGUAGGAAGAAAGGGAGUUGAUGGCUCGGCUCCCAUAAGAGACAGGUCAAACCUAUGGCCAAAGGGAAUCAUACCGUAUACAAUAGCAUACAGCAUUCGUAAGUUUUCCAAGUUUCUUAUAAUAUCUUUCAUAUGGAAGAAGCUGACGAGUCGGUAAUCAUCCGUAAUUCCCCUUUUUUAUUUCAGCUGGAAACAGCAAAAUUCGCCAACUUCUAAAAGAUGCCAUGGCAGAAUACGAAAAACUUACCUGUAUCAAAUUCGUAGAAAGGGAGAAUCAGGUGGAUUACGUGGAAUUUUAUUACGGUGAAGGGUAAGUAUCCGUACGAUAAUAUUUUUUGAUUAUGGAGCUUUUUUCCUCUAUUUCAAUAUGUGCACUUUUCUCGUCCCUCCCCCCCCCCCUCCCUCCCAUGGUAGCCGUUAGGCAGAGGUUAGACUGUAUAAUAUCUUAGCUGCAAAAAGUAUAAGUUAACUGACGUCGCCCAAUGCUUUGAUAGCACAUUGCUUUAUUGGUUUGAACCCUUUUUUACUCUUCCAUUGAAGUUGUAACUCUGAUGUUGGCCGAAUUGGUGGUAGACAAACCACUUCCCUUGGACGAGGAUGCGCGCACCAUGGUAUUGUGGUCCAUGAACUGGGGCAUUUGGUUGGUUUUUGGCACGAACAGAAUCGCCCCGAUAGAGAUAACUAUAUUGAUAUCAAGGAGGAAAACAUAAUACCCAGUGAGUUUUAAAUUGUAAAUAGAAAACACAUUAAUUCACUUAAGCAAGUUCUGCACUAUUAGAUCCUCACGACGAGCUACGUAGUUAUGUUUCAUUAAUCGAUGGGAUUAUUGUUCAAUUGUUUAACAGAGGGAUUCAUUGAUGGAUGUUGGGUAGGACUGAUGUUAUUCCUUACCUGAUUUGGUCAACCUUAUCGCACCGUACAUUUUCGCGUGCAUUACCUCUCAUCAGCGUCUUGAACUCUUCAAUCAAGCAAUCGAUUAGUCUAUCAAUCUCUCAAUCAGUUGGUUGUAAGUUACGAUUGGACAAGGGUGAUAUUUGACACACAAAUCCUUGUGUCCCAGACCUGAGGUCUGGGAAAUCUCCCAAUCGACUGGUCCAUGAUUCCGACAAUAUUGGUACCCAAAUGUAUGAUGUUCUGUUUUAAUAUACAACGUUUGUUCCCAGACGAAUUUAUCUGCUUCUCUCAUUUUGCAGAGUUCAAGUACGCGUUUCACAAAUACAGUUCACGGAGGAUUGACAGUCUCGGUGUGGAGUACGAUUAUAAGUCUGUCAUGCACUACGGCGCGAAAGCCUUCUCUAAAAACGGUUUACCGACCAUUGUGGCACGACAACGGUCCAUUAAAACGUUUGGCAAUACUAACUUGAGUAUACUGGACAUCCAGCAAGUAAACCUCCUGUACAGGUGUCCAGGUUCGUACCAUCACUAUUUUUUAUGGAACGCACUCUGAAAAUAGCUUAAAAUGCAAUACCCUCUCAUGGUCUCCUAUAUUCAGAUGAUAAAAUUAAGAACUGUCUGUGAAUUGACUCAGGAUCGAUUUCCACAGCUCUUAAAAGUCAGUCUUUCGUGUCAUUCAACUUUUUCGUGUCAUUCAACUUUUCAUUCUUAGAUUAUCCAAAGUUCCCGCAAGAUUUUGUUUGGAGUAGCAAUGGGCAGAUGAGGAAGAACGCGACUUACAGUAUUUAUGCGAGAUGUAUUCGAAUAACUCACCAUAGAUCAGCUAGUUGGAGAGACAACUAUAUGUGCUACAGAAAGGACAAGAAAUCUCUCUCGCUCAGGUAACAGCAGCCACCGCUUUGAAAUUAAACCGCCUUAAUUAGUCCUUUGAAGAAGAAAAGGAUGUGAUCUUCCUUAAAAUGUGGGGAUCACCCUACAUACAAAGGCAAUAUGGUCACACCGCGUAAAAUGCAGCAACCAUCUGCAUUAAAGGGUAAUUUAGUACUAUCAACUAAGAUGAUAAUGUAAAUUGGCCACCGUAAGUGUUAGCCCUCCGUCAGAGCUUCACCAAUCGCUCUUAAGAAGGGCUAACGCUCAAAACGUUAACAUUUAAACCCUUUAACGUGGCCAAUUUACGUUAUUAACUCUAAAUUACCCUUUUAUACUCUCCAACCGACGCAACACCAUAGUUUCUUCAGAAACUUACCCCCUUUAACCAUCUGCAUUCUAAUUUGUUGAGUUUUUGAUUCUUUGCGCGAGCUCAAUAUAUGACAAGGCAUGCCUUAGCGUGGAAUCGAAUGUGCAUCAAAGAUGCGCAAUGGGAAUAAGUGCAAACCUAUACAACUGUUACGGAAACCGUACUUAGAGACCAUUGAAAUUAGAGGAAUUGAACAAUAACUUAGUUGUAAUUUCAUUGCAGAGCACUGAUUCUAAUUUUAAGGCCAUUGAACUAGUACGGGCUUUUUUUAUUAAAUUUCAUCUAUCUCUGUAUAUUUAUCUGGAAGAGGCCUUUGCACGAGUUUGAACAGAUUUUGAAGCUUGUUCUUAUUCGUUCCCAACGUUUAACCUUCUUAGUUUAACUGGAGUCAUAAUUGUAGAUAAAAAAUAUUUUGUUUCCAGUUCUUUUUUUGGGUACAUUGUAAAAGCUCUUGUCUCUCACUUCUUCGUGUUGUCCCUAUAAAGGUUCGUUUACAUGGGCAACCAUACCAAUCUAUCUGACAUAAAAAACCAACUCUAAAAUGCUCCUUUUUCACUUUGAAGAAAUCCUCAACACGUGCAUUGUGUAUCUUAAGUUUCGGAAGCCAAACUAAACCAAUCAGACUUACCAAACAGGAUGACUGCCUCGUCUCACGUUAUUUUAUUUUUCAAUUGUGUCUGGUGUUAGUUUUUCAACCAGAGGACCCGUACCUGGCAAAAAGUGCCUCCAAAUUCGCACACCAACGAAAUCCUACUAUGAGAUCUGGGACAGAUCUUAUCUCUGUUGGCCACAUGACGGAAUUUACAAAUUCAAGUGGUUAACGCAUGCGCCAACUGCUGAGGAAAGAGCCAAUUGUUUGGAAUGGAGUGAACCACGUGAUCCGACUUGGGGACGCAACAGAUAUUUCCUGUGUGCUACAAAAGAUCGAAAACCCAUCGGUAGGUUUUUUUUUAAAAUUAUUGUUACCUUUUAUUCGUGUUUUUUUUGUUUCCCUUUUCCGUUCCUCAAUCGUCAGAGGAAGCGUUUUGGUCUGCAACAGAUUAAGGCUUUAGCUAUUUCAAUGUGCACGUGUGUGUAUGUGCGUGUGCGUGUGUUUGCUUUUUUUGCCGGCAAGUGCAAUCUAAGUAAACGCUGUGAUUGAAAACUUAUUCGGCAGAAAGGUUAUCUCGCCUUACCUUUCGUGUAUGAAAGUAAAUUUUAGUUUCUUACCAGUGUGAAAUGAGAGAGAGCGAAAACGCUCGCGUCAGUUUUAAGUUAAUUGUGAAGUAAUACAAAAAUACAAAUAUAAUCAGGGAGUUAAACCGAGGCACAUCCUCGAAGUGGUUUCACCGUCCAACUACAUCAUCAUCCAUUUGGAAAGUUGGUACUUGUAGAGAGAGGCUUGGAAAACAGUAGAACUUGGGAAACGGCACAAAAAAACCAACAGCAAACCUAACCCAUAUAUGACGCUACGUCCUGGAAUUGAACUCGGUAAUAAAAUCUCCUCCAUGAGGGUGCAUUUAUACUACACCAUCUCUGCCAGCUCUCUGUACAAAAAUUGCAAUAACAACAAGAAAAUAAUUAUUCUUAUAGUUGUUCCAUCUUACAUGUUCCUUAAUUUUAUUUUAAAAUUGUUCCCAGAUGGCAACUGGACCCGGUGGACGCCCUGGACAACAUGCACACGUAAGUGUGGAGGAGGAGUUCAGAGUCGCCUUCGCUCCUGUACCAAUCCUCAACCGUCCUCCGGGGGUCAAUACUGCGUGGGUAAGGCCUCGGAUACAAGGAUGUGUAACACACAGGAGUGUGCAGGUAUGUUUGAAGCAUUAAAAGUUCCCAUACACUUUGGGAGUGUGUAUUGUAACAUAGAAAGUUUUCAAUUGUCUGUACCAGCCCUCCUACCUUAUAAACCCCCUAGCUCACGAGUUUGGCUGACUUUUGGUGUAGUCCAAUUCCACAUAAGUACAUGUGGUAUUAUUUUCCUGUUCAAGAACAGAGUAAGACAAAGACUUCGUUUGGUUUAACGCUGGCAUGGUUAUUGUUCUUUAACGUCAUUGCACAUUGGCCUGCUUCUGUGAUAAUUCUUUCUUCUCGUGUACGUUCAAGGUAUUUGAAGAGCCACAUGCAUUUAAGAGAGUACAAACUAGCCCAGCAAUUGUAAAAGAGGUCUAUGCAGCAUGUCAUAGGUAUUCUUCGUUAUUCUAAACCAUUGGUCAUCCGAUCAUCGUUCUUUACAGAAUGGCCAAAAUUCCCGGAAGACUUCAGCUUUGGUCGAAAACCAAGAGCAGGCCCAAAUGAAACAUGCGUAAGAAUAUUUGAGCGAUUGGAUUAUUUCACCUUUAAGGAUUACCUACUGUGUUCGGCGGCGGAUAAGAGGCAACCAGAAAUGCGCUGGUCAGACCAAGGAGAAGUUAAUAACAGGGAGUGUACACGAAUCCUUGUUCCUGAGGAUUCACAAGGUACUAAAAGAGGUCGUUGGGACAAUAACUACCUGUGUAUCUCAACAGACGGCGGGUUUCCCUACAGGUGAGCUAGCGAGGGUCGAAGUGGUUUAAGGCAACAAUUUCACGGUUAGUUUCACAUAUCAGGAAGUAAAAUAAAAGUAACAAAAUGUAGAAGAGUGGUUGGUUGACAAGCAUUUUCUUUACAAAGAAAUUGAAUUCAACGUGGCUAAGAAUUGUUGAAAAACUAGCUAUGCUUCGAUUGUUCACUGCCUCCACCCUCAAUAAGAUUUACAGGUAGAUGAAAAAAAAUACAAAAUGAUUUUCUUUUCAUAAAUUGCUUUUAUAAAAAAAGUAUCAUACCCUCAUAAAACAACCAACACGUUUGCUUCUGGUGCUAACAACAGAGCUAGAGAGGAUGACCUCCUCGGAUUCUGGUGUUUUUUAACAAAAGCAAAAAACAUUCCGUGGAAUUGACGCAGUUUAUGUGGUGUCAUAUUUCUACUGAUCCCAAGAAACAGAAGAAGAAAGAAGAAAGAAGAAAGAAGAAAGAAGAAAGAAGAAAGAAGAAAGCUAAUUUCAAGAAUACGGAAUCACGACACAAAUGUUUCUUUUGUAAUUAUGUACAAGGAACAGCGAUUUUGAUGUCAAAAUUGUAGUUCCUGUCGGAGAGACAACCAAUAGGGAAACUUUGAUGGAAAGCUGAAUGCUUUUGAGAGGAUGAACCUGAGAGACAUAUCGAGUAUCAGUAAUAUCUAAAGUCCUUCUAAUUAUAAACGUCCCAUAGACUAACAUGAAUCUUUGGUCGUCUAGAUUUGUGUGGUCGUAUUCGAACCGCAUUGCAGGCUUACCUUGUAUGAGAUGGUAUGCGAAGAACGGAAGAGAUGGUUGGGACAAAACUUAUUUAUGUGCUGAGGAUCGCUUCAAGUCUCCAGGUAAAUUAAGCAAGUACGGAAAAUAUGUGUCCCUCAUGUAAACUUAUCAUGCCAUAUAAUUGCAUACACUACAAUGGUGUUAUUGAUACCUAUUAAACACUGUGGGAAGAAAUUGGCUCAUUCUGAAGUUUAGCAGAGGUUCAUACACGCCCUUUCCUCCUGAAAGAACCAAAAAAAAGGACAACAUUCAUUAAACUGCAUUUCCAUCUUGUCUAAAUUUGGAACAUUUGUGGCGCACAAAAGAAAAAACUCACAUUGUGUGGAUAUUCCAUUGAUAUGAUUGCAGUAACUCCGGUGGUGAUCAUUAAUGGUGGUUGGUCGUCAUGGACUUCAUGGAACACUUGCAGUAAAAGCUGCGGUAGUGGUAAACAGCACAGAGUACGGCAGUGCGACAAUCCAAAACCCAGUAGAAAUGGACGCACUUGCCAGGGAAAAGCGUUGGAUGAGAGGUUAUGCAAUGAGCAGAAAUGCCCGUCCGGUAUGUAUCUGAGAAGUCGAUAUGACCUUGAAAGCCUAAAUACCAAUACUCCUGAUAGACACUGUCAUAUUGCACUAAAUCCACCACACCGGUGAUUCCAAAACAAAGCUACCCCCAAACUCUCGCGUCUCGUCCUCUCUUUCGUUGAGUCUGAAUGCGUAUCCUGUAAAGCUACACGACGGAUUGGGCUGCAAAGAACAUUACGUCCAUGAAUGCGUUUAAAAAAAAUUGAUCCUUUCAAAUGUUGCAUAAAUCAUAUCUCUUUGCUGUACCUCUGCUUUUUUUUUAACAUAUGACAUAUUUUAAGAUGAUGACUGUUGUUUUCACUAACAGCUUGUGGUCACGAAUUCCAAGCGGUCAGCGGAAGAUUUAAUUCACCUAACUAUCCGAAGCCUUAUCCAGGAAAAAUGAAUUGCGAGUGGGUUAUUCGUGUACCAGAUGGACAAAGAAUUGAAUUUAAGUUCCUCUUCUUUAAUGUUUAUGGUGAGUCUGACUUCAUGUUUCCUUUUCGGGGGUUAAACCAUUCCGACAUUUUGAGGAUACUGUGGCCAUUUUUUAAGUUGAUAUUGCACAAUAUUUUUCAAAAACGUUUAUCAAGAAACAUUAAACUGUGUGCCUAGUAUGUACAGAUCGUCAUAAACGAUACUUAAUAUCUUAAAGCAAGCGUUUUCCUUUAAAUUAAGGUAUCGCUUGAAUAAACGUUCCUCUGAAGCAUGUACCCUUCCCUUCGGUCAAAAUUUGGAGGCAGAACCCUUCGACAACUUUGUCCUUGAAUCGUACUGCUGUUUUUUUUUUAUAUCUGGAGUGGAUUUGGGAAACGUUGGUAUAACAUCACUUCUCAAAAGUGAAUUUCCUUAGCCGUUAAUUUUGCGUACAACCCUGUCUGCGAUUGCUCAAAUGAAUAACAGUUCUAGAGCAGCGAGGAAAGCGUUCGUUCCUCGAUAUAGUUUGAAUGCAACUUAAAACUUACCUUUUGUUAUCCUAUCGAUCAACAGGCUCUUAUCCAUUAUGCGAUGAUUCCGUCUCAGUGUACGAUGGCCAAACUGUCUCGUCCCGUCGCAUCGGCAAGUUCUGUGGCUCCAAACUCCCGGCUGUUCUUCGUUCAAGUUCCAACGUCAUGCUGGUUAAAUUCCACUCAAAUGUACAGCGUGGUUACUAUGGGUUUAAUGCCAAAUGGGAAGCGAAGAAGGUGGAAGUUAAGGAAACUGCAAAUGGUGAGGCUAUUAGUACUAUAUAAUUACUUAUUAUCAUGAGCAUUAUUUAACAUCAAAAUAAUCAACGACAUCAUCACCAUUAUCAAAAAUGAUUAGAGUGAUCGGUGAAAACCAAGACACUGUUGUCUGACCCUGGGUAUUUGGAACCAUCAACAACAUUUUCAGAUACAACAGGCCCAAGCAUGGUCUAUAUACCUAGAGUUAGCUUGUUCUUACGAAGCUCAUUCACUUGAUAUUUACAGAGUGUGGCCGGCAGCUAACGGAGUCUACUGGGACAUUGACCAGUCCCGGGUAUCCAGGCAGCUAUCCUCCUAAUGCGGACUGUAUCUGGGUAAUUACGGCGCCACGUGGCCACUACAUUGAGCUGAAAUUCAAAAUAUUUGACAUACAUAAAGUCGGUAGAGGUUGCCGAUACGAUUAUGUCGAAGUACGUGAUGGUAACUCAAGGAAUUCACCAUCAUUAGGAAGACAUUGUGGACAAUCAGGUAAUUUCUUCUUGCUCCUCGAUACAUCAGACCAAAUAAAACUGAUAGGCUGAGUGGUUUUACACUUAAACUUGACUGCUCGUUCAAAGUCUCCUUUCUCGUUGCGUCACUUAUUUUGAAGGCAUAAAAUAUCAAAUUUCUCAGGAAAGUCUCAGUUUCAAUUUAUCUUUUUAAAUAAGUUUGAUUUUUAAAGUGCUUUGUCGUCUCCGACGGUACCAUCCACACCACUAAAUUAACAUGAACAAAUUCCAAGAAUGAUGACGAAAUACUGAGAAAAAGAGCACUGCACUGGCCAUUUGGAUUUUCGUAGUUUGACCGUUUUUUCCUUUCAUUUCAGUUGAUGAAAAGUUCCAAACAAUGUCCAACCACGCUCGCAUCCGUCUGCAUUCCGACGGUUCCCGCGAGAGGAAAGGAUUUGUUCUUACAUGGAGGAGUCUCCGAAAACCCGUCGUUACACUGGAGCCAACCACCAAACGUAAGUACCUAUGUUGUAUAAUCUGCAGGUGACAUCAAAUAAGUGAGUUUUUUCAUGAUAAAGGAUGUUGAUAAGAGAUCCGAGUCCCUUGUGACGGUUUGAGUCUUAAAAUUUUCUAUCCACGCAAUUGUAUUUUUCACCAACUGAAUCGUACAAAACCAAAAGAAGCAAAUUUCUCUGAAGUUCAGUGGGCAAAGCAUGCGAUUGCAUGAUCGAAGGAUCUGUGGUUCGAGCCCUUCCGACGGGUAACAUAUUUUUCUUCGUCCCCUACCUGCAACAAAUAUUCAACUUGGUCUAUUCCAAGACUGAAUUCAAAAUUUUCUCUCUUUUUUCAUCUCACGCGGCUUUACAACCUAUUUUGAUUGAUUUUUCUCUAGCGCUAUGUCCCCGUGGGUGGGUUUCCCACCUAAUGAACGGAACAGACAUGGUGUACUGUUACCUGGUCAGACACAACACGCACACGUGGUACAUGGCAAGAAAUGAUUGCAUAAGAUCUCGCUCUGACCUGCUGAGCAUCAGUAACGCCAAAGAACAAGAAUUUGUCACAAAACAUCUGCUGGCUGAGUCAUUCAUGUGGAUUGGCUACAAUGAUAUACAAAGGGAAGGACAAUGGGCGUGGAGCGACAGGUAAUUACAACUCUGCGUGAACACAAGAGCUACACACAAAAAAGAGGGGGAUUGGGUAGAAAAAGCUGUAAGGAGUUUGACCAUGUGUAUUGUCCUUCUUGUUUACUGCUUAAUGGAAAUUGGUCAAUAUAGUUUAUGGUUGGAUAAAUAUAUAUGUACAUAAUAUAUAUAUAUAUAUAUAUAUAUAUAUAUAUAUGGGCGAUGGGCGUGAUUUUCAAUAAACGCUGUCGCUGUCUGUGAGCGAAACAAAUUUUUUUCAACGUUUUUGCGGCCAUAAUCCGAAAAAUUUCGACAAGCGACCUUGGAUUGAGAAUGGUGAAGGACACGUGAAAAAUACGAUAUUUUUUCAAGUGUGUUGUUACGGCUUUUCUCAGGACUGGAAAUCCUUGUAUAACACCGUAGUUUAUAUGAUAAAAGGCGAUGUCGACCUUCAAGUCAUUGCUCAAGGGUAAAAUGGUAUUAGUAUUGAUUAUUCACUCGGCAAUUCAAGUUCAGGCACUAUUUCUUUCCCUUAGAACUCAUCAAAGUUAUAAAAACUGGGCGACGGGUGAUCCAAACAAUGGGGGUCUGUCCAGAAAAAAAGACGAGGACUGUGCUGUCUUGAAGUCCGACGGAAAAUGGAAUGACUACCCGUGCACCACACGCUUCAAAUACAUCUGCAAGGCGAGAGCAAGUAAGUUGCACAUUAAUUUUAUUUUCCAUCUGCCUUGA